AUGGCGGCCGCGGUGGCGGCGGCAGCGGCGGCUGCGGCCACGGCGGCCACGGCGGCGGCGGCCGGGACGGCGGCUGCCACGGCCGGGACCGCCGCGGCUCCCUCCGCGGGGCCUGCGGGGCGCGGGAGCAGCGCGGCCACCGCGCGCGGCUUCUACUUCAAUACGGUGCUGUCGCUGGCGCGGUCGCUGGCGGUGCAGAACCCGGCGCCUCUGGAGAAGGUACAAAAGCUGCUCUGUAUGUGUCCAGUGGAUUUCCAUGGGAUUUUCCAGUUGGAUGAACGUCGCAGGGAUGCUGUUAUUGCUUUAGGAAUCUUCCUAGUUGAAUCUGACCUUCAGCACAAGGAUCAUGUGGUUCCUUACCUGCUGCGACUCCUGAAGGGCCUUCCCAAGGUGCAGUGGAUAGAAGAAAGCAAUGGACGGAAAGGCAGAGGUUUGCUUCCAGUGGCAGAAAACUUCAGCUUCUGCUUAGUGACCUUGUUAUCUGACGUGGCUUACAGGGAUGCAUCUUUCCGAGAGGAGGUCGUGGAUACAGUCCUACAAGUAAUGCAGUUCCUGUUGGGAAUGUGCCAGACACCACAAAUGCACGAUAAAGAAUAUUUAUGCAAGUAUGCAGUGCCCUGCCUGAUAGGAAUUUCUCGAGCCUUUGGUCGCUACAGCAAUUCAGAGGAGGCUCUCCUUUCAAAGCUUUUUCCUAAAAUUCCCCCACAUUCCCUGAGAGUUCCAGAAGAACUCGAAGGAAUUCGCCGUCGAUCCUUUAAUGAUUUCAGAUCAAUUCUUCCCAGUUCUCUGCUCACUGUUUGCCAGGAAGGAACACUGAAGAAAAAGGCCGGCAGUGUGUGCAGCAUCACCCAGGUUAGUCCUGAACGUGGGCUUCCCGCUCCCAGCUCUCCUGGAGGACCUGCUGGAAUUCAUUACUGUGAAGGUUCAUAUCUUCCUGAUGGGAGUGCACUGGAUCCUGAUUAUUACUUCUCCAGAGUCAGCUCCAGCUUUUCAGUUUCUCCUCUCUUCAAUGGUAUUAACAAUAAAGAGUUUAGCAUCCCACUGGAAAUGCUCCGACAGCUGUUGGACAUGGUAAAGCAGAUAGUUGAGGAUUCUCUUCUGAAGACCUUAGAUGCAGUUCUAGCUGAAGUUGCAGAGACCUGUUGUAGUUCAGAGCUCUAUUACAAAACCUUCAGUGACCCUCUUUACCUUGCUCAGUUUAAAAUGCUGAGAGACACACUAUACUAUAUGAAAGACCUUCCCACCUCAUUUGUGAAGGAAAUCCAUGAUUUUGUUCUGGAGCAAUUCAACAGCAGCCAGUCAGAACUCCAGAAAAUCCUCCACGAUGUGGAUCGACUGCACAACGAGCUGAGCCCGUUAAAACUGCGCUGCCAGGCCAACGCUGCCUGUGUGGAUCUCAUGGUGUGGGCUGUGAAGGAUGAGCAAAGUGCAGAAAACCUGUGCAUCAAGUUAUCAGAGAAGCUGCAGUCAAAAACCUCAAGCAAAGUCAUAAUUGCUCACUUGCCAUUGCUGAUUUGCUGUUUGCAGGGUCUGGGUCGUUUGUGUGAAAGGUUCCCUGUUGUGGUUCAUUCUGUCAAUCCAUCACUGAGAGACUUUCUUGUGAUACCUUCCCCAGUGCUUGUGAAACUUUACAAAUAUCACAGCCAGUAUCAUUCAGGUGGGAAUGACAUUAAGAUCAGUGUCACCAAUGAGCAUUCAGAGUCCACUCUAAAUGUAAUGUCUUGCAAGAAGGGUCAGCCAUCCAUGUAUGAGCAGCUGCGUGACAUUGCCAUAGACAACAUCUGCAGGUGCUUGAAAGCUGGCCUGACCAUAGAUUCAGUGAUUGUUGAGGCCUUUCUUGCCAGUCUGUCCAACCGUCUGUACAUCUCUCAGGAGAAUGAUAAGGAAGCUCAUUUGAUUCCUGACCACACAAUUCGUGCUCUAGGGCACAUUGCAGUGGCACUGAGGGACACCCCCAAAAUGAUGGAACCCAUCCUGCAGAUCUUACAGCAGAAGUUUUGCCAGCCACCUUCUCAUCUUGAUGUACUCAUCAUUGAUCAACUUGGCUGUUUGGUCAUCACUGGAAAUCAAUACAUUUAUGGUGAGGUGUGGAAUCUAUUUCAGCAAAUCAGUGUUAAAGCAAGCUCAGUUGUUUACUCUGCCACAAAAGACUAUAAGGACCAUGGAUACAGGCACUGCUCAUUAGCAGUCAUUAACGCCCUGGCCAACAUCGCUGCCAACAUCCAGGUGGAGCACCUUGUGGAUGAGCUGCUGAUGAACUUGCUGGAGCUCUUUGUUCAGCUGGGGCUCGAAGGAAAGAGAGCUAGUGAGAGAGCAAGUGAAAAAGGACCAGCACUGAAGGCCUCCAGUAGUGCAGGGAACCUGGGUGUGCUCAUUCCUGUCAUUGCUGUGCUCACUAGACGCUUGCCGCCCAUCAAGGAGGCCAAGCCCAGGCUGCAGAAGCUGUUCCGCGAUUUCUGGUUGUAUUCGGUGCUGAUGGGGUUUGCUGUGGAAGGCUCAGGUCUUUGGCCAGAAGAGUGGUAUGAAGGUGUGUGUGAAAUUGCCACCAAGUCUCCAUUACUCACCUUUCCCAGCAAAGAGCCACUCCGAUCUGUUCUGCAGUACAAUUCUGCCAUGAAGAAUGACACCGUGACUUCUGCUGAAUUAAAUGAACUACGGAGCACCAUCAUCAAUCUCUUGGAUCCUCCUCCAGAGGUGUCAGCACUGAUCAAUAAGUUGGAUUUUGCCAUGUCCACCUAUCUCCUCUCUGUUUACCGCCUGGAGUAUAUGAGGGUGCUGCAUUCAACUGACCAAGAUCGCUUCCAAGUCAUGUUUUGCUAUUUUGAAGAUAAAGCGAUUCAGAAGGACAAAUCUGGCAUGAUGCAGUGUGUGAUAGCUGUUGCUGAUAAGGUGUUUGAAGCUUUCCUGACAAUGAUGGCUGAUAAACCUAAAACUAAGGAGAAUGAGGAAGAGCUGGAGAGACAUGCUCAGUUCUUGCUGGUGAAUUUCAACCACAUUCACAAGAGGAUCAGGAGAGUUGCAGACAAAUACUUAUCUGGGCUGGUAGACAAAUUUCCUCACUUGCUGUGGAGUGGAACUGUGCUGAAGACUAUGUUAGAUAUUCUGCAGACAUUGUCUCUGUCUCUUAGUGCAGACAUUCACAAGGACCAACCAUACUAUGACAUUCCUGAUGCUCCCUACAGAAUAACAGUCCCUGACACACAUGAAGCCAGAGAGAGUAUAGUCAAGGACUUUGCUGCACGCUGUGGGAUGAUUCUGCAAGAGGCAAUGAAAUGGGCUCCCUCUGUUACAAAAUCUCAUCUACAGGAGUACCUAAACAAACACCAGAACUGGGUAUCAGGGCUGUCCCAGCACACUGGACUGGCCAUGGCUACAGAAAGUGUUUUGCACUUUGCAGGCUACAACAGGCAGAACACCACUCUGGGCGCAACCCAGCUAACUGAAAGACCAACUUGUGUGAAGAAGGACUACUCCAACUUCAUGGCUUCUCUCAACUUGCGCAACCGUUACGCAGGAGAAGUUUCUGGAAUGAUUCAGUUCUCAAAUGCCACAGGACGAACAUCUGACCUGAAUAAACUUAUGGUCAAAGACCUGAAUGCUGCUCUUGAAUUAAGCAAUACUGAGUCCUACACCCAGGCCAUGUUUAAGUUGACUGCACUGCUAAUAAGCAGCAAAGACUGUGAUCCCCAGCUCCUUCAUCAUCUGUGUUGGGGACCCCUGCGAAUGUUCAAUGAGCACGGCAUGGAAACAGCAAUUGCUUGCUGGGAGUGGCUGCUGGCUGCCAAGAAUGGAAUAGAAGUGCCGUUCAUGCGGGAAAUGGCAGGAGCCUGGCAAAUGACAGUGGAGCAGAAAGUUGGGCUGUUCUCUGCAGAGCAGAAAGAAGCAGAUCCAUUAGCAGCCUCAGAGGAGAGCCAGCCAAGGCCCUGUCCACCAGAGGUGACCCCACAUUACAUCUGGAUAGAGUUUUUGGUGCAGAGGUUUGAAAUAGCCAAAUACUGCAGCUCUGACCAGAUCGAGAUCUUCUCCAGCCUCCUCCAGCGCUCCCUGUCCCUGAACAUCGGGGGCGCCAAAGGCAGCUUGAACCGGCACGUGGCGGCCAUUGGGCCCCGAUUCAAGUUGCUGACCCUGGGUUUGUCUUUGCUGCAUGCUGAUGUGGUUCCAAAUGCAACUAUCCGAAAUGUUUUGAGAGAAAAGAUUUAUUCAACUGCCUUUGAUUAUUUCAGCUGUCCUUCAAAGUUCCCUACACAAGGGGAAAAGAGGCUCCGUGAGGAUAUCAGCAUAUUGAUCAAGUUUUGGACAGCAAUGUUCUCAGACAAGAAAUAUCUGACUGCCAGCCAACUUGUGCCACCUGAUAAUCAAGACACCAGGAGCAACCUGGAUAUCAAUGUUGGAUCUCGACAACAAGCUACACAAGGAUGGAUAAAUACUUAUCCUUUGUCCAGUGGCAUGUCAACUAUAUCUAAAAAAUCAGGAAUGUCCAAGAAGACAAACAGGGGUACACAGCUGCACAAGUACUACAUGAAGCGCAGGACAUUACUGCUCUCAUUGCUGGCUACUGAGAUCGAACGCUUGAUCACAUGGUACAAUCCACUGUCUUCCCCUGAGCUAGAGUUGGAUCAAACUGGAGAGAGCAGUGUAGCAAACUGGAGGUCUAAAUACAUCAGUCUUAGUGAGAAGCAGUGGAAGGAUAAUGUGAAUCUGGCUUGGAGCAUUUCUCCUUAUCUUGCUGUGCAGCUGCCUACCAGGUUUAAGAAUACUGAAGCUAUUGGAACAGAAGUGACCCGUCUGGUCCGGUUGGACCCGGGAGCUGUUAGUGAUGUUCCUGAGGCAAUAAAGUACCUGGUUACCUGGCACACCAUCGAUGCUGAUGCACCUGAGCUCAGCCACGUCCUGUGCUGGGCACCCACAGAUCCACCCACUGGCCUGUCCUACUUCUCCAGCAUGUACCCACCCCAUCCUCUGACAGCCCAGUACGGAGUUAAAGUCCUCAGAUCUUUCCCUCCGGAUGCCAUUUUAUUCUACAUUCCACAGAUUGUUCAGGCACUGCGGUAUGACAAGAUGGGUUAUGUUAGGGAAUACAUCCUGUGGGCAGCUUCCAAAUCUCAGCUCCUGGCUCACCAGUUCAUCUGGAACAUGAAAACCAACAUCUACCUGGAUGAGGAAGGACAUCAAAAAGAUCCUGACAUUGGGGAACUUCUGGAGCAGUUAGUGGAGGAGAUAACUGGCUCAUUGUCUGGCCCAGCCAAGGAGUUCUACCAACGGGAGUUUGAUUUCUUCAAUAAAAUCACCAAUGUUUCAGCCAUUAUCAAGCCAUUCCCUAAAGGAGAUGAAAGAAAAAAAGCUUGUUUGAGUGCUCUGUCUGAGGUGAAAGUGCAGCCUGGCUGUUACUUGCCCAGCAAUCCUGAAGCAAUCGUUCUGGAUAUUGAUUACAAAUCAGGAACUCCUAUGCAGAGUGCAGCAAAAGCACCCUAUCUGGCCAGAUUCAAAGUGAAACGAUGUGGAGUCAGUGAGCUUGAAAAAGAAGGUCUGCGCUGUCGCUCUGACUCCAUCAAUGAGACUGAAGAGGAGGAUGAGGACAGUCAGAAGGUUUGCUGGCAGGCUGCCAUCUUUAAAGUGGGCGAUGACUGCAGACAGGACAUGUUAGCUUUACAAAUCAUUGAUCUCUUCAAGAACAUAUUUCAGCUGGUAGGCCUGGAUCUUUUUGUGUUUCCAUACAGAGUGGUGGCCACAGCUCCUGGGUGUGGUGUUAUUGAGUGCAUUCCUGACUGCACAUCCCGUGACCAGCUGGGCAGGCAGACAGACUUUGGCAUGUAUGAUUAUUUUACAAGGCAAUAUGGAGAUGAGUCUACCCUUGCAUUCCAGAAGGCCCGCUAUAAUUUCAUCCGCAGCAUGGCUGCCUAUAGUCUGCUCCUGUUCCUGCUCCAGAUUAAAGACAGGCACAAUGGCAACAUCAUGCUGGACAAACAGGGACACAUCAUUCAUAUUGAUUUUGGAUUCAUGUUUGAGAGCUCACCUGGUGGAAACCUGGGCUGGGAGCCUGACAUUAAACUGACUGAUGAAAUGGUGAUGAUAAUGGGAGGGAAAAUGGAGGCAACACCAUUCAAAUGGUUUAUGGAGAUGUGUGUCAGAGGCUAUCUGGCAGUCAGGCCUUACAUGGAUGCUGUGGUCUCACUGGUUACCCUGAUGUUGGACACAGGGCUGCCCUGUUUCCGAGGGCAGACAAUCAAGCUGUUGAAACACAGGUUCAGUCCCAACAUGACUGAAAGGGAGGCUGCAACUUUCAUCAUCAAGAUCAUCCAGAAUUGUUUCCUCAGCAACAGGAGUAGAACAUAUGACAUGAUCCAGUACUACCAGAAUGACAUCCCCUACUAGACACUAGAGAUCCACUGCCCAAGUGAAAUGUGCAACCCUGUGCCCUCACUCCAAACUCAUGACAAACAGGAGAUGCUCGUCACACCUGGCUCUCUACCCUCUGUGUAUGUGUGUGUACAUGUUGGGUACAUCCUGACCAUUGCAACAAUCAGUUCUGAUUCAUUCCUUUCUCUAUACCAGGUUAUAUAUAUUACUGUUAUUCCCUGGAUUUUUGGAGUUGGGUUGCAAUCACAAUAAAAAUUGUAUUACAGUUGUGAAUGUGUGAAAGUAGUAAAGCUUGAGGAGUUGGAUAAUUUUUCAUGCAAUGCAAGGAUUUUAUAAUGUCUUUAAAAAGUAAAUUAAACCCUUUCCUGCACAAUCGCACAAAAUGCCAUGGAAGGGAAGGGUAUGGAUUUCUCUUUGGAAACAGAAAUGUUAACUUGUUCCAAUUUUACUGUAGAAAGAGCUUGAUAAUCAUCCAGGGUGGUGAUGUCUGUGUAGCUGUAUUCAUAUUUUGCACUGUACAUGGUCCCUGCUACAUGGUCAGUAUUUCAUAUGUACAUGAAGAAUGUAUUUUUUCCUUUUGUGUGUUUUAAAAAGAGACUCUACUGAAGAUAUAUUUAAUCUAUAAAAUAUAAUAAAAUACCUUAGACUUCGUGUCUGUUGCAAAUGUUU